AUGGACCUCGAGACGGACCCCAGAGACAUUGAAAGUCUCAAACAACUUGCACAAGGAUGUGGGAGACUUCUAGACGUGAUGUUUCAGGAAGAAAAUGCUCGAGAGAGCGAUCUUGACGCUGAGAAAGGCUACUGGGCGUCCCGCCAGUUCGCCGAGUUUAACAUGUGGUGUACUAAGAUCGGAGUAAAUGACCAAGGGUCUCGCUCGAUCGAUGUUCGACUCAAAGACGUGCCUGAUAUCUGUAACAUCAUCGCGAAGCUACUCCAUUCUCUCUCGAGAGAUCUAGAGAAACUUCAGCAACCCUUUGUUGAGACCAAGGUUUCUAUAAAUACUGAAAUCGACGUCAAUGAUGCCUACUCUGAUGUUUCUUCGGAAUCUUUUGACUCUCUAUCCUCCCUUGAGCACACUGAAGUCGAAAAUGCCAUUGGAGAGGCUGGUUCGGAAAAUGAACAGGUUCUUUGUCUUCAAAAGCACAUUGAAGACACGAUGGACCGUCUCCAUUGCCAUGCUCUACAUAUCGAAAAGGUUGGACUGACGCAUCGUCAAAAUAGAAUCAGAAUUUAUCAACAAAAAGAAACGCCGAAGUUUGCUUUUGAAGGUUUCAACAGGAUUGGGUACCACAAGGCAAAAGCAAAAUUUCCAUCAGCAACAGAUGCCUUUCAUCAAAGAAUUGCUGAAUCGUUUGUCAGAAGGAGAAUGCGUUUUGAUUACUUACGAAUGCAUCGCAAGAAGAAAGCCAUCGAAGCCAUAAAAGCGCAACAGAUGUUGCCCAUACAUCCACGGCCUGAUACGGACCACCAAGAUGGCGAUCUGCAGAGUGUUGAGCCUAGGACGCAGGACACGCCCCAAAAUGUCGAAGAUAUUACCCAAUUAUACCAAGAAGAUCAACAAACUAUUUACCCAGCUACAGUGAACACGAAGUUGGAAAUACAUCCUGAAACAAAAUCACAAGAGCGGGCAGACAGCGUCGUUUCGAUCGCACUGAGGCAUCCGUGCUUCCCACCGCCCCCACAGUUCACCAGUGCGAGCUUUCAAUGCCCCUAUUGUCGACUCGUAUUUCGAGCUGCUGAGGCUGAAAAAGCCAAUUGGAGCCAACACGUCAUGCAAGAUUUUGAACCCUACUUUUGCAUACUUGAAGAAUGUAAAGCACCAUUUGAUGUGCCAAACACAUUUGAUGGCCUGUUGAGACAUCUGCAAGACCAUGUUGAGGAACGCUUUCACGUCGAUCUUUCGAACGGUGAGCACAAGAUCUUUGAUGAGAUGGAAUUUGAAGAAUACUGCACCCAACAAGGCAACAUAUUUGCGAGGAAUCGUUCAAUACUAAAAAUUGCAGCCCGACGAAAGGGAGCCUUCAUACUGGAAAAAUGUCCCUUUUGCGGUGGAUAUCCGGAUGUACUUGAAAAGCGCUAUCCAGACUCGAACGACCCGGAAGCCCAGAUUGAGUUGCGCCACCAUAUCAAACAGCAUAUGCAAGACAUUGCACUAUUCCUUCCACCUUAUCGUGAAGAUGUCUUAAGCAAAGACGAUGACUUGCCGGUUUCUGUAUUAUCUGGUGAACGGACAAGUACCAGCAGUUUUAGCGAAUUAGAACAUUUCGUAAAGGUCUGCGAGAGAGAAAGUUGCGAUUGUAAAAAUGAUGGAAGAUACGCGGAGGAGUUGGGUGAAUUACCGGAAAGAUCUAGACCGGAACACGACGACACAGACUUUUGGGCGACUCUGUUUCCUGAGGCCCUUCGCUACGAUAAUACAAGCUUGACCGAGGAGUCUUGCCUGAAAGAUAAAAACCUCAGACACUUGUACACAGAGAAACUCCGCCUGACGCCCAAGGUGGAAGCUGCUGGUUCAACGAAUGCUAUCACGUGCCCGGUCAUUCGCGGGAUAAGCGAUUAUGCCGACUUGCACAAAGAUAGAGAAUGGCAAAGCUUUGCUUCAAUGAACGGCCGGGGCGUACGCAGCAGACCUUCUGCGUCAGAUACAACCCAAUGA